GGUUACAGAAUAUAAUGACGGCAACAAAUGAUCUAAACAAUCAAUCCACUCAACUUCCGGGAGACGAAUAUAUCAGGGUGUCUUCACUAUGCAAAGACGGUAAUUUACUGGAAUAUAUGUACGAAGACGCUCGAACGUUACCAGAAGCAUUUAGACGAGGGGCGAGGGUUUCGAAUAAUGGACAAUGUUUGGGUUGGAGGUCUGGUGCCGACCAGCCGUACCAGUGGUUGACGUACGAUCAGGUUUUGGAACGGGCAAAGAAUUUUGGUUCUGGUUUGGCAAAGCUUGGAUACCAACCCGGACAAUCUACACUUGUUGGUAUAUAUGCUCAGAACAGGGUUGAGUGGGUGGUGACGGAUCAGGCAUGUGGAAUGUACUCCAUGAUAACGGUACCAUUGUACGAUACACUGGGUCCAGAAGCAGUCACCUUUAUAAUAAACCAGGCUGGUCUCAAUAUAGUCGUUUGUGAUGGAGAGGCCAAGGCAAAAUUGAUUCUAAACAAAGCAGAGAGGACACCAAUAUUACAACAAAUUGUUGUCAUGGAGCCGGUUUCCGACGAGGUGAAAGACAUUGCUCGCCGAAUGACCGUGGAAAUACUCUCAUUCUCAGACGUGGAAGAAAUGGGACGGAUGGAACCGUAUGAGCCAGUGAUGCCUAAUCCUAACGACAUGGCAACAAUCUGCUAUACAAGUGGCACAACAGGUGACCCUAAAGGAGCUAUGGUAACGCAUGGUAAUAUAAUAGCUGGAAUGUCUGGAUGUUGUCAGCAUUUAAAGGGUUAUGGUGAUUUGACGCCCGAUGACAUUACGAUAUCAUAUCUACCACUGGCUCACAUGUAUGAACGAAGCGGACAGCUAUGGGUUUACAUGCAAGGGGCAAGGAUUGGAUUUUUCCGUGGAAAUGUACGUGAAUUAAUGGACGACAUCAAGGAACUGAAACCGACAUUAGUCCCUGUUGUCCCCGGAGUGUUGAACAGAAUUUAUGAUAAGGUGAUAUCGCAAGUUACGUCUAGCUGUUUUAAACUUAUUAUUUUCAACAUGGCCAUGAGGAAAAAGGCAGCACUUUUACGAAGGGGAAUAAUCUGCAACAAUACAAUAUGGGACAGACUGGUCUUUAGAAAAAUACAGGAAACGUUAGGCGGUAAUGUUAAACAAUUUUGUAGUUGUGGUGCGCCGAUGUCGGAGACUGUUCUGCAGUUCGCUCGUUGUGCUUUGGGAUGUCACGUAUACGACUGUUACGGUCAAACAGAGAGUGCAUCUCCCGCCACUAUGACGUCACCACUAGAGCAUCAAACGGGUCGAGUCGGACCGCCUAUCCCAUCAUGCUCCAUUAAGCUCGUCGAUGUCCCGGAUAUGGAAUAUUUUGCUGAGAACCAUGAAGGAGAGGUUUGUCUAAAAGGACCAAGUGUGUUCAAAGGUUACUAUAACGACCAGAAGAAGACUGACGAAACAAUUGACAAAGAUGGAUGGCUGCAUACUGGUGACAUUGGUAAAUGGUUACAGGACGGAACGUUGAAGAUUAUUGAUAGAAAGAAGCAUAUUUUCAAGCUCGAUCAAGGGGAAUACAUUGCACCUGAAAAGAUCGAAAAUGUGUAUACAAGAAGCCAAUUUAUUGCUCAAAUAUUUGUACAUGGUGACAGCUUGCAGAGAUAUCUAGUUGCUGUGGUUACUCCAGAUCCCGAAAACAUAUCGUCUUGGGCUCGGUCAAAGGGAUUGACGGGAACACUCGACGACUUCUGCGAUAACAAGGUAAUUAAAGACGCCAUUUUGAAGGAUAUUGUACAACUGGGCAAGUCGUCAGGACUAAAGGGUUUUGAGCAGGUGAAAGACAUAUACCUGUCAUCGGAACCAUUCAGCAUUGAAAAUGGACUAAUGACACCCACAUUCAAGAUGAAGCGACCAGAACUACGCAAACGGUUUGCGCAAAAGAUAGAGGAAAUGUACGACAACUUGAACUGCUUGCGAGAAUCGCACAAAUCAUAAAUUAAACAAGAAAUCGACACCGCGCUUUCGCCGUGCGCGAUCUGAUUUCACGUUGUGUGAUUUGUACAUUUCAGCAUUCAUCUAUUUAUUCACUAACAAGGCUUUAUGAACUACUAACAAGUAUUUAUUAAUUUUAUUGAAAUGCAGUUAAAUCAUUGUCAAGUAGUCUAACAUUCAAAAUGACCGUAGAAAUUAUUGUUCCUUCACUCUGAUGGGGUAACGCAGAGUGUACAACAAUUCUCAAUUUAGAAGACACAUACAUACGGAGUGGUCAAUAACUCCACUCAAAAACUUAUUGUGGUUUUAUAUUUUACAAUUGUUUUAAGGAUUUAUAAGCACACACUCUAAAAGAGAUAUUAGUAUGUGUGAUAACUAUGCAAAUACUGCCUACUUACGAUGAAACCGCCAAUGCGCAAUAUCGUGAACUGUAUUCUAUACUAGUAGCUCACUUUGUUGUACAUGCGACAGCGAAGGUGAACAAUUACAUGUAGUACCGCUAGAUUUGUUGUAUUUCACCAUUUAUAAAUUUAAAUACAGAAUCAUAAUUCGACAUUAAUUUGGUAUCAACAUCUACGUACAUGUCAAAGUCUUAGGGUAAAGUAAAGUAAAGUCAGUACCUGUGUUCUCAUUUGCGCAUGCAUUGACCGUCAAAAUAAAACGAUGAGGACGUGAUUAAAGAUAUACAUUAUAUGAAAUAUUUAAAUUAUUGCUCCAAAGAAAUUAUUUUAAUAUAAAAUGUAUCACCAUGAAGUGGAUAUACGCAUAUCUUGUAUUUAUUUAUUUAUUUAUCAAAUCCAAUGAACGAUAUGGUGGAUGUAACCUAGCAACAUACAAGCUAGUCUCUGUAAUCUUUAUACAUUCAUGUGAAUUAGAAACAAUCUGAAAGAUUGAAAUAUCGUAUAUUUUGCAAUUCUUCGUGUAUCACAUGCAGCAGACUGCUUACAAUUCGACGUAGGUCCCGUUUUCGCCGCAUAUAAAUGCAGAAGCCAGCGAGAAGCGACACACCCAUACUGCACCUAGACAACUUAAAAUGACUUAUGUAUUUCUGUAUCAGACAUGUGUGCUAUAGGAAACGGCAAUUAAAACAGACUUACUAGCUUGUAUUGUCUACUUUAUUUAUAAA